CGCUACAGUGCUACAGUCAGUGCGUCUCGCGCCGACAGAGAGGUCGGUGUUUUUCCCGGAGUGUCUCGCGAUACGAUCCGUUACUCAUUCGUCGUCGAUUCGGUGCCACGAGGAAUACACGCCGGUCUGUCGUGUCCGAAAACGCGAUUGCGAGGGGAAACGCGUUCGCGAAUGCAAGAACCGCGUCAGUGUCGUCGCGUCAAUCCCGUCGCCGGCAACGACAACACGUUAUCGUCGCGAAUUACAGUGUCGAGAUCAUAGCGUGUGUUUCUCCGUCUCCGUCUUUCUCCGCUUCUCGUUCACACAUUCAUCUCUCCCGCUCGCAGAUUUCGUUUCCGCGCGCAGGAGCAGGUAGGAGGACGACGUCGCGUCGCCGCGAGAAUAACGAGUACCAUGACGACUCUGUGGAUUGUCGCCGUCGCGACGGUCGUCGUCGCGACGACGACGGUGAACGCCGCCGGGCUCAAGUGCGACAGUGUCAGGCCGAUCUUCGAGGCACAGGGCUUCCCGCUCAGCGACAUCCCGAAGGAGGCGAUUUCAUCGAAGGAGCUUAAAGUAUGUGGCAGCGUGAGGAGCGGCGGCGAGGUGUGCUGUUCAGCCGACAUGGAAGUGAGAUUGCAGGCACGGGCACGCGACAAACACGAAAUGGCCACCAAAGAAGCUCUCCACAGAAUGCAGCAGGUCCUCCAUACGCGGGGAAACAGGUUCCACAGUUUUUUCAAGGAGCUACUGGAUGGUAGCAAGAAAGGUUUUCACGAGAUGUUCAAGAAGACCUACGGUAUCCUUUACGAACAGAACGCGUACGUCUUCACGGACUUUUUCAAGGAGCUGGAGAAUUAUUACGCGAAGGGAACAGUGGAUCUUAACGAUGCUAUGGAUAAUUUCUUCAACACCCUUUAUCAGAAGAUGUUCACCGUGCUCAACAGUCAGUACAACUUCGACAAUAAGUAUCUGGAGUGCGUGGGCGAACACAUGAAGGAGAUGCGACCGUUCGGGGACGUGCCACAGAAAUUGGGCGUGCAAAUUAAACGGUCGUUCGUAGCCACGAGAGCAUUCAGCCAAGCUUUGACCGUCGCUUCGAAUGUGUUGAAAAAUAUGCAAUCGCUGAGCAAACCAUCGGCGGAUUGCGCAGCUGCCUUGACUAGGAUGACAGCUUGUCCGGCCUGCAGCGGUAUAUCGGACAAUGUACUGGCGUGUGGCGAUAUGUGUGCCAACGUGAUGAAGGGUUGCUUGGCGCAAUACGCGGCCCUCGACACUGACUGGAAUCAAUUCGUUGAGGCUGUGGACAAGAUCGCCGAUCGAUUACUCGGACCGUUCAACAUCGAAGUACUGGUGCGUCCGAUCAACCUGAAGAUCUCCGAAGCGAUCAUGAACUUCCAGGAAAGUAGUCAAGACGUGUCGCAACGCGUAUUUACCGGUUGCGGUCGGCCGAUGCUGGGCAGACGUAAACGUAGAGACAAUCGAGAACUAGAAAUGGAAACCCUGAACUUUGACCAGGAAACCUCACCGGAGGAUGACUCCGCUACAAGCUUGGAGAAGCUAGUGAAAGAAAUACGUCAGCGAGUGCGUGAUUCCCGACAAUUCUGGGUCUAUUUGCCAUACCGGAUGUGCAACGAUGGUCUGGUUGUGCCACCCAGUAAUACGAAAGAAUGUUGGAACGGCACACACGUAGACAAGUAUAUAUAUCCGGUGUCGUCCGAUGGCGAGUCUCAGACGAUGAAUCCGGAGGUUCGAAGUAUAGGAUCAAGACCAACUAUCGUGAGGGAUCAAGUUUUCGCGCUGACCACCAUCACGAACAGGUUGAAAUUGGCAUUUAACGGACAGGACGUUGAUUGGAUCGAUACUGACGAAACGUGGUAUGGCUCCGGUAGUGGUUCGGGCGACGGUGCGUUUACUGAUGACGAGGAUGGCUUCAACGAAGGCUCUGGUUACGAGGGCCCACACGCGGAAGCGGAGCCAGAACCACCGAAGCAGCCGCCGCCACCGGUCGUUCACGAGGUUGAGACACCGCCGCGAGUGGACAUUGAACCGCAUCAGGGCACUAGUACGACUAGCACGGGCACGAGCAACAACCAGACUAUCUCCGUGAACAGCGGAGAAGACAACAGGCCGAAGAUGUCGCUAUUCAGGGCGCUGACGACGUAUCUGAUGCCGAUAGUGGUGAUGUGGUUCGGCGGUUGCUUCAACGAUUUGCUGUGAUCGUGUGAAUUUUGCGAACAUAACGCUGUGUAAAUAUUACUCGAUUGCGAAUCGCGAUCCUUAUAGCGACGAACGAAGGAAGGAGGAUUACUCGAUGGACUUGGAUCGUUCCGUGAAUUUUGCGGAUUUCCGCAAAGACGCCUCGAGAAGUUGGCGAGGAUAUUCUCGUGAACGGCGUCUUGCGAUCCAUUCCUCGAACCCCUCCAUUUCAGCACUCGUUAAAUCGAUUGCGUGCAUUAAGUCGAUUUAGCGAGUACUGAAGUCACCUUAGUUGAUCGACCUAGCGAGUACAUGGAUAUUCGUGGCCAUAACUACUCGAUCUUGCCAUAAAUGAGCAAGAGCGCGAGAAAUCGUACGAGAGAUUCGUUAUCCGCUGCUAUUUGAACGGGAGAUUGUAGACACUUGACGAAACCUCAUAUUUCAUGAGAAACUCUUGCAACAGUAGCUUUCCUAGAAACAGAAAAGCCGCUUGAAUUUCGACUGUUAUUUAGAACUAAGAAAAUAGUUCUAUGAUCGCCGAGCUGAAUUUCAAUAAAUAUCUGGGAGCGAUUUCACUUUCCUUCUCCUUUUGCUCUCUCGAAAUGAAUCACGCAGGUAUAUUCAUUCAUCGUUCGUGACGUGCGUGAUCAUUUCGCAGGGAAAUUUCUUUCGGAGUACAUAAGCGUAUUCCACGAACUCUUUUAAAUCGGUACGAGACUGCUAUUGAAAUUUCUAUUUCCGAGAGAAGUGUCGGGAAGGAAUUUUUACGUUGGAUAGACAUUAUGAGUGUAAUACUGUUGUAUAGUACGCUGUUACGGAUCAUUGCGCCAUUUAUGAGAACCUUUCCGAAUUUUAGAUGUAUCGUUAACGUUAUAUCAGACUCUUACUGCCAAUUGUCGAGUUUUUACCUAAGUAGAUUACCGGUAGUAGGAUAACAACGUGUUCCAGUCUGGACCGAAUCUUUCCGAAUUACGAGAUACGCGGUCGAGCUUAUUCUACUGCCGGCUGAAAAUAUGAAUUUGAAGAAGUAAAUUAUCGCGAGCAAAUACACUACUGCGACGGAAAUGUAGCUCAUUCCAAUCGGAUUGAAAUCUCUUUCCGAAUUUUAGAUACACUCUCUUAUAAAAAUAUUACUGCCAACUCUCCGAAGAUAUCCGAAAAUUUAUUCGUCCUUUUUAUCCGAAUAUUUAAUGCAAUACCGCAAAAUUAUUCUAGUUCGUUCAUUUUUUUGCCAUGCAUCGUUUGAUAAGCGGCCAAAGAUGGCAUCGUCGAUCAGACGAUCAAUGGCGUGAUUGCUGCAUUGCGUGUACAUGUCGAUGGUGCAUCGCGAUGAUUUUGUUAUGUGCAAAUUCGAAACAAUUGUACGAAGAGAGAGAGAGAGAGAGAGAGAGAGAGAGAGAGAGAGAGAUAGAGAGAUGUUAAUUACACAAACCCGAAAUACGUAAGAUGGACCGAACAGAGUAUACGAGUGGAAACGGGACUGAAUAUUUAUUAAAUGUUUAUCAUGAGUAACUCGGGAUCUUAUGAUAUGAAUUCCGAGUGCGCAGUAGAAGGCACGAACAAUCAGGAUCUUUGUCCCCGUGACGUUUCAUUGUCGCGGAUGGAUUUGUAGAUAACCGCAGUCCCGUACGUUAACUAAAAUUGAAGGUUUUAAUGUGUAACUAACUGCGCGUUAAGCGUUAAAUGCAUUUUACGCAUUAUUCUAAUGAUGUUAUAUUAUUAUUUUUUUAUAAUCGUCAAAUGCCGCGAGGGGAUCGCAAAGUACGGGAUCGGAUGGUAAGUCCAUAAUUCCGGACAAGGGUUUAACUUGGCUCACGUUAUAUGCGAGAUUUAACGAAGAGUGUUCUUGAGCUUGGUUUCGCUGACAGCGAAUACGAUCCUUUUGGUGCAACAUGUAACGCGAUACAAUCAAAUGGAAAUAACAAUUAACGAGUAAUAAUGGCCUGAGCGAGUACCAGAGGGAGUUAAGUUAUCGCGAAACCGAGCCGUAGUACUGUAAUAUUAAUCUGCGGUAGAAUUAAUAGCAUGGAAGAUGAAGAACAUUCGUUACGGCGUAAGGUGUAAAUAAGGAUAGUGGCGAUAAGGAUAAGGAGAGUGUGAUAAGAAUGCAACGUGACGCUUACGCUUUCGGCGUUUAAAAUGAAGCAUAUUGUGUAUGAGUCAGACUUUAUACGACGAAAGAGGAAAGAGGAAGAAAGACUGUGAAAAGACUAUAGGAAGAAUACAGUUAUAAGGGAACAAAAUCAGUUGGUUCUCCAAUUGCGUGGAUUCCGCGUUUGUCGAACACAUUAUGAGUCAUCGAACGAAAUAAUGGUACAAGUCAGUAAUAUAACGGAUUAAUAAUUUCGUAUUCUUAGUCAGACUAGUUCCAGUUUAAUGAAAUUAAUGCACAACAAAUAUAUCAGGCUCAAUUAAAUAGCUUGCAAUUUAUUUCGACAUAAAAUUUGUAAUUUGUUUCUUUAUGUAGAUUUCGUAAUACAGAUGUGUAGAUUUCAUGUAACAUUUUACAUUUAAGUAUUUUUUAGACAGUCUUUUUUGUUCCGCAAAAAUAUGACUUAUAUCAUUAUGCUCAACGGCUUGUUUAUCCGCCACUUUGCCGUUCGCGUAGGAAUUAUUAAUUUGGAGGUAAUCGAGUGUCGAAGUGAUGUGAGAGAAUGGCGGUCGGAACGGCGGACUCCUGUGAUAAGAAUCAAAUAGAUCGAGCAUUAUAUGACCGCCCUCCGCACAUCUGCAUUUUUUUUAUGGCUCGCUAUUGAAAGGUGAAGAUUACGCGGGACAUUAUUAAGAAAAAAAAUCUAGUGAAAUAUUAUAAUAGAAUA